AUGAAAAACAUCCGCAGUCGCUCCACUCACUGGCGAGCUACAUGCAGCUUCAACCAGGUUAAGGCGAUUGAUUACAGAGAUUACAUCAGGGGAAAGUUCAGUGAUUUGGACAUCAUGGCAUUUUCAGGAAAAGGUGUGUGUUUCCCGGUUGAAUACGUGGAUAUUCGCGGAAGUACGGCUGGCAAAGGCACCACAUUACCGUUUUUUCAGGGUCAGGACCGUGAGUUUCUUCACACGGACAGUACUUUCACGGGCUGUGAGUUUAAGCCUAAUGUCAGCAGUGCUGUUGCCAGUGAAGACAACUUUGGCUUAUACAGUGGUGUUAAUGUAAAAUUUCGUUGCACAGCAGGGGAUUACUCAACGACACAGUGGUGGUUUAGCGGUUACCUGACCAAGUAG